UGUUGUGAUUACCAAUUGCGUUUACCAUCCCCGUUGGCCGUCGGGUGUACGUGCGAGUGAGACGGACUGUGCAUUUUUAUAUGUGCCCGACCGAAACCGAACCGCCGACCGACAAGUGAGUUGUUCCCCGUCGUCUGCUCUCCGCCGCCGUGUGUGUUGUGUAUUGUCUGUGUUUGUGUGUGUGUGUGUAUGUACAAAAUCAAUUACGGAUAUAUUUUCGUUCAUAAUUCAAAAUAAAUUUAAAAAAAAAGUAUAUCCAACCAUUUUUGUAUGGUAGGUAAUCUUCUUUUCGGAUAAAUCUCAAGUGAUUUAUUAGCGAUCGCCGUGACAACCGUUGUCGCGUCCGCCCGUCCGUCGCCGUCGCGUCCGGCCGCUCGUCGUAGGUGUCGAUUAACAUCCGUGUUAUCCGUGUCCACUGGCUUAACGUUUUCUCCAUCACAACAUCGCCUCUUGGCCACCAGGGGAUGAUACCGCCGUCGCAUUGACCGGUUCUCGUCGUGUUCUAAUCAACGUGUCCACUGUCCACCGACUGUGAUAAUCUGGUGACAAUGGUAACUUUCCACUGGAUACCAUGAAAAUCGUUGGGGACGAGCUCAGGUCAUCGUUGUCAACCAAAACGUCCACCUGCGUGAUAAGGUGUCCAAAUGUUUGUCGCCAUGACCGGCCAGUCGGUGUUUGACGGGUUGUCGAAAGUUUUCUGUGUUCCGGACGACUGACUUGUGCAGUGUGCGUUGCCAGCAUGUCUGAUAUCAAACGGGCUAAGCGCAGUAAACGGCGUGAGAGGGCACAGCGUAUGCAUGCCCAGAAACAUGAGAUGGACAGCGGUGAAGAUGACGAGCUGUUGGCCAAGGAGAAGGCCAAGAGGCCGCCGCCGCCAAGUCGUAGAAAAAAGAAUAAAGACACAGCUCUGUUUGACGAGGACGUUAUCGAUGGAUUUGCAAUACUCUCGUUUAAGUCGUACGAGGAUUUAGAGACUUGCGUGCAACAGUGUUUGGUUAAAAGCGCUGUGACUCUGGGCUUGGACCCGUCUUCACACCGCAAACACCACCAUCGGAAUCACGUGCACAACCACAACAACAACAACCACCACGACAGCAAUUCGAGCACUCCGGUCACGCCGGUCAAAACCGAAUACAGCGUGCCCAGUCCACCUACGACGCCCAACCACUUUAAUCACAACAAGAAUUCGUCGUCACUGGACUUGAAGAAUGACAGCGAUGGCGGAGAAAACGAUUCUUCGUUGGUCAACUCGUCAUUCAAAAGACCCUCCGGCGCUAAAACCUCUUCGCUCAGCCAAAGCGGACACAGGCGAUCUAGUUCUAGGGAUAGAUCUAGUGACGCGAGUAGCAAUUGCAGUUCGGGAAGAGGAUACAUCUGUGAUAGCGAAGAUGACGGCGACAAGGGUUCGGAUAACUCUGACCUCUUCCGCGCCGCAUUGGUUUCCAGGAAAGAUGAACUGCCCGGCAGAGUUUCUUCUACUGAGUCCGGAAGUCAUUCACAGCAACUACCGCCGUUGCCCUCGGUGCCGGCGGAACCGCCUGUGCCAACCGCGACACCGACACCGCCCAACAACAGGCAACCCACCCCAACCCCACCGCUAGUCAAUGGCAUAGACUUUGCAAACCAUCCGCCGACACCGGAGACGAUUACGGCCACCGCGACCACGACGGCCGCUUCGGUCGUCCCGACGUCGUCGUCCGCGGUGUCUAAUCACGUCGCAAGGCCGCCUUCGCAACAGAAUCCCAUGAUGCCACCGUCGACAGCUCCCCGGCCUCCGUUGGUGUCUCAGCCCAACAAAUGUCCAUCGCCGACCGUACCGCCGGCGUCCACGCCGCCCGUUUCACACAAGACUCAGCACGCUCACGUCAAUGGACACGACAUCUCGUCGACGCCUCCCGCCGUUGUCACCUCCAUCUCCGCCGCCGCCACGGUCACCUCGAGAUACUCGCCGGCACCGCCGUCGUCGGGUCUCAACAGUUCGAGGAAAUCUUCAUCAACUCCGGUUGGCGCGCCGCCGACAACGUAUCAGACACCACCGCAAGCCUGUGCGCUGUCGUUGAGCAUCACCAACUCUUACAUUACCCCAUCGACGUCGCAGCACCCCAUAUUGUCGCACGCCGCGUCCAACUAUAUACCAAAGUCGACGGCCGCCGGCCAAUCGCCGUCGCCGCUGCAGCAGCAACACUGUUCGUCGCCGUACGUGCAAAAACCACCUCACCAGAUGCUCUACCAUCCCGGGCACGGUGCGCCGUACCCGCCGCCGCCGUCCGGCUACCAAUAUCCCAGCGCGUACAAGCCGCCGCCGGCCGCAUCCACCGGCUAUGUGCCUCCGUACGCCUCGCUGCAGUCGUCCACGGCGACGGUGUCCGCCUCGUCGGUCGCUAUACCCAGCACCGCUAGCAGCCAGAUGCCGACGGUGUCGCAUCCGCCGUCGCCGGCCGCCAACCUGGGCUCGCCUUACCAACCGGCCAUCCAUCCCCCCCAACACUUUCCGCCGCUGUACGCACCCUACAGGAGCACGCCUUACAUGCCUUCGUCGCUGUCCGCCACGGCUAGGUUAAGCCGAUCUUCCCCAAUGUCUGUGAUAUCAACCAAGUCCAGUGUAGCGUUGGCAUCUAAUCACGCAACGUCGUCAUUAGCGGCUGCUACUGCUACCACUACGACUCCUUCCGUGUUGAGUAGUCACCCUGUGCUGGGCAGAGGACAUUCACCACGGGGUCCGAGUCCGAAUCGAGAACGCGACAGUUAUAACGGCAACGUCAGUAACCUCAGUCGAACCUCUGCAGGUUCCGCUUCGUUGAGCUCCCCUUCACCGUUUAACGCUCCGGCAAUAGCAUUACCGCCCACUGUCGGGCCACCUUUAGCAUCUGCUGUACCGGCUUCAGCACCUUCUAGUCUUGUGUAUAAUAAACCGCCUCUUUGGGGCCCAAUGGGUAACAACAGUAUUGCUGUUACAUCGUCAACGGCAAAUAACACCAGGCAACAUCCGUCGUCGUAUCCAGCACCAUUGUUUUCAUCUCCCGUGGCCACAUCCACCUCGCAACCUAGUUCACUGCCACAAGCAGCACCUCCUGCUCAUAAUCCAUUCUCUGCCGAAUCGCUAUUUCAGUCGAAUCAAGCAGACAUGUUGAGAAGAGAACUUGACUCCAGGUUCUUGGCGUCGUCACAAGAAAGAGCUUUAGCUGUUGGCACACCUUACUUGCGUACUGAAAUGCACCAUCAUCAGCAUCAACACACCCACGUACACCAGCACACGGCUACGCCACUUAUACCCUCUGUGGCGGCAGCUACCCCAACCAUACCGAGCGCUUCGACUAUACAACCAGCACCCAAUUCAUCACUUUAUCCUCCUCCACUGUUCAAAGAAAUACCAAAAUUGGGCGGAGUCGACUCGCCAUUUUACAGACAGAGUUUAUUGUCUAACAACUAUCCCGGGUUUACUCCGGGUUUGUUGCAUUCGUCAAUAGGUCAUACACCAUUUACACCACCAUCUCAUGUUCCCACAUUUACUCCCAAGUUAGCGGAUUCGUCUAAACCCACAAAGUCAAGUAAACCUGGCAAGUGGAACGCUAUGCAUGUGAGGUUGGCAUGGGAAAUCUAUCAUUAUCAACAAAAGCAGCAAGCGGCCGAAUCAAAAAAUGCCGUAAACAAUCCGGUGCCAAAGACUGAAUUACCGAGGCCACCCACUCAUUUGUUUCCCCCCAACCGGCCACCACACGAUCUCUCGCCAUUUGCUGCUGCUCACCAUCAUCAUACCGGAUUACCUCCCGGAUAUUCACCUAUGGCAGCUGCAGCCAUGUUUUCGAGGUACCCCACAGGUUUCCCACCAAUUUCCGCAUUCCCUCCGAACCCUAUGAAUGAUCCUUGGGCACGAUUGCAGCCUGGACGAGGACUGCCCACGUCCAAUUCGCCCUAUGGACCUGUUGCGGGAUGGCAAAUCAAACCAGAUCCCGUGGAAACGGAACGAGCGGAACAGCAACAACGCGAGAGAGAAAGGGAGCGCGAACGGGAACGUGAGCGUGAGAGGGAACGUGAAAAAGAAAGAGAAAGAGGACGUGAACGAGAACGAGCAAAACGCGAAGAAAAACGAAAGCAAAUGGUUCAACAGCAACAGCAACAACAACAGCAACAGCAGCAGCAGCAUCAACAGCAACUGCAACAACUACAACAGCAGCAGCAACAACAUAAACAGCAACAGCAACAGUUCCAGCAACAUCAACACCACAUGCAACAGCAACACCACCAACAAACUGUCAAAAUGAGAGAGCGUUCCCCUAUCAAAGACCCCAAUAUGAUGCACAAAGAAGAAGAAAUGAACAUGCUCUUGGGCCGUGUCCCCCCGCCAUCACAUUAUUUGCCACCCCCUCCGAGGCAUCCUCAACGAGGUUUGCCGACACAUUUCUCGCCUUGGGAUCAGUACAGGUAUGAUUCAAUGAGAUUUAGUCCGUUAAUCGCUGCUGCGGCUUAUAGAGCGGAAGAAGAAGAGCACAGAGCCAAACUGUUUGGUUACCAUCAUCAGGCCCACUUAAGGCCAAAAGACCCGUCUUCUCCGAAUACACACCACCAACAGAUUCCUACGGACAUGCAACUACCUAAAAAAGAAGAAUCUUCACAGUCUAGGUAGUCAAUGAUUACUAAUUAAUUAAGUUAUUAUUAUAUUUUAAUGUUUAAAUUUUUUAUUAAUUGUCAAAACUCAAACGUUGACAGACUUGUUUUUUAAUGAUGAUUUAAUAUAUUCUCUUUGACUUCUCUCCCCCCUGCCCUUGUCCUUCAGACGUCGAUUACACUUUAUUGUUCUUGUAGGAUUUUGUUCAUCGCAAUCGACUAUUUUAACCAUUUGUUUUUUUUAAUUUUAUUGUAAUUAUGAUUUUUUUUUUUUUUUAUGUAUAAUGAGUAUUGACUUGAAAUUUUAUGUUGUGCAAUUUAAUUACAAUUUAAUUUCGAGUUGACUUAAAAUAUUUAAAUUGAAUAUAUAAAUAAAAAACGAAAAUUAAUAAAACCAAUUUAGGAAUGUUAAGUUUUUAUUGAAAGAAAAAGAUGUAAUAUGAUUUUAAUUUACACUAAAUUUUGUGCAAUUGCGGUAUGUCUGUCAUAUUAUUAUUAUUUUUAAAAUAUAAUAUACUAUUUAUAAAUCCACAAGACUCAUUAACGAUAAUUAGUAUUGGACACACAGGGUCAAUUUACAAUUUUCUAAUCUGUUAUUUUGACCCUAGUAAGUCAAAUUAUGUCGAAAGGUAAAUUUUCUCUACCAAAUUAAAUACUAAAAAAUAAUAACAAAAUAGUAAAUUAACCCAAAAUUUUAGUGCAUAAUAUUUACUACAAUUAUUAUAGU